UUUUUUAUAGGCCUAUACAUUGUUGUUCAACACGAAUAAACAAGCUGUGAGUUAUUAAAGCUUUUAGAGGAAUAUGAUGUGCUGAAUGAAAUGCACAGAGAGACAGCGCGACGUUCAUUUUAGAGUAAACGGUUAACGUGUGUGUUUUGUGCGUCUUUGCGGAUGAAAGGAAGCUAUAAUGGGUGACAGGACUCUACCUGAAUGGAUGAACAAACAUCAGGAAGAACACACACCAGGACCCUAUAAAAAGAGCAUUCUGGAGGAUGAUCUCCCUUAUCUGGAAUUUGGUGGGACAGUCAUAUACAGCCAGGAAAGACAUGACUGCUCAUUUUUAUCAGAAGAUUUAAGAUCUGGUUUGGCGUCAGGCUCAGCGGUGGGAUUUGAUCUGGAAUGGCCACCCAGCUUCACCAAAGGGAAGACAAAGAAAGUGGCUGUAGUGCAGCUGUGUGCAUCAGAGGAGAAAUGCUAUCUGUUUCACAUCUCCUCCAUGUCAGGGUUUCCUCCUGGCCUGAAAAUGCUUUUGGAGGAUGAAAAUAUCAAGAAAGUUGGAGUGGGAAUUGAGGGUGACAAGUGGAAGUUAUUAUCUGAUUAUGACAUCAGAUUGAAGAGUAUUGUUGAGCUCUCUGAUCUGGCAAACAAGACGCUGAGAUGUGGUGAAAAGUGGAGUUUGGACGGUCUAGUGAAGCACUUGUUGAAGAAGCAGCUCUUCAAAGACAAACUUGUGCGCUGUAGUCACUGGGACGACUAUGAUCUGACAGAAGACCAGAAGAGAUAUGCUGCCACAGAUGCUUACGCUGGAUUGCUCAUUUAUCAGAAUCUACAGGAAAUUAUGUCUGGCUGCUCAGAAACCUCAGCACUCGCACUGAAACAGAAAGUUUUUCAGAUUGCUCGUGAUCUUAACAAUCUCGCUGAUAAUCUUCCAGAUGAGCUUGACUGCGUGACCAGUGCUGCGAGACUAGUGGAUGAUCUGUCUAAGACAGUUGAAUCUCUAAGAUGCGUUUUGUCAAAUGCCAGCAAACCGUUUGAUCCAUCAGUUGAAGAAGCUAAGACUAUGCUAAAGAAACAAGACCAGGGCCAUAGUGAGUCUGAAGAAGAUGCUGGCAGGCACACAGAGAGAGAGUGUGUGAUGUCUCUGGAUAUCUCUGAGUAUGAGCUGCAGAUGCUGGAGCAGCAGGCCAGACAUGAGCAGCUGGAGGAAGAGUGUAUCUUAGCUUUCCAGACUCAGCAGGCAUCAGCCCCCAAGAACUCUGAUGACAUGGAGAGUGAUGAAGAUUUUGAUGAUGAAAUGAUGAAGUGUGCUGCUGACAUAGAAAGAUUAAAUGGUAAACAUGGUCAUGAGAAACAGGAGCUCGUCCCACGGUCUGGUGCUGAAGAUGAUGAUGAGGAUGUUGAGGAAGAUGAGGAAGAGGGGUUUGAUUCAAGCAUCCCACAACCUGUUCCUGAACAAAUUAAAUGUCUAAAAAUGUACUUUGGACAUCACAGCUUUAAACCUGUUGUUUUUAUUGUGAUUCACUCUGUUCUCACGGAGAGGAGAGAUAAUCUUGUUGUCAUGGCAACUGGUAUUGGGGAGUUUUUGUUUUUGUUUUUUCCUCCAGUGUACUGCCAGAACGUCAGUGUGGUCAUUUCCCCUCUCAUUGCUCUCAUGGAGGACCAGGUGCUUUACCUACAAAUGUCAAACAUUCCUGCUUGUUUUCUUGGAUCUGCUCAGACUAAGAACCUGUAUGAAGAAGUGAAGAGGGGUCAUUUUAGGGUGGUUUACAUGACACCUGAAUUCUGCUCUGGGAAUAUUCCUCUGCUAGCGCAGCUCAACAGGACUGUUGGUUUAUCACUGGUUGCGGUAGACGAGGCUCAUUGCAUCUCUCAGUGGGGUCAUGAUUUCAGAAGUGCGUAUCGUGACCUGUGGAAACUCAAGAAAAAUCUCCCUGGUGUGCCUAUUUUGGCGCUCACGGCUACUGCGAGUCCGUCUAUCCGUGAGGACAUCGUUAAGAGCCUUAAUCUGAUCAACCCUCUGAUCACCUGCACCUCGUUCGACCGACCAAACCUCUACCUGGAUGUCAGUCGCAAGUCUGGUGACGUUAUCCAAGACCUCAAACAAUUUCUCAUCAAAAAAACAGGGGGUGGUUUUUGUUUUGUAGGGUUGGUUAUUGUGUUUUAAGUCUAUGAUAUUAGAGUGUGAUGUCCGUGUAGAGCAGAGGCGGAGCGUGUGACCGCAGCGCUGUGUAAGCUGGACAUCCCGUGUGGAGUUUCAACACUAACGGAGGAGAGAGAAUCAGGUUUUUGGUAUUUAAGAUUGUUUUUUAAUAAUGUUUUUGUUGGAAGUUGUGUUUUGUUUUACGUGGUGUUUGGGAUGGGUAUAAAUAAAUCCGAUAUCAGGAAGGUCAUCCAUUACGGAGCUCCCAAAGAGAUGGAGUCAUACUAUCAGGAAAUCGGGAGGGCCGGUAGAGACGGGCUGGCGUUUGCGACGUCAUAAAUAGUAUUGUGGAUGUGCGGAGAUAUUGUCAUGUAUAUAUUCAUUCUCAACCAAUCCAAAAGUGAGCGCUUUAGAGAUUACAAAAUGGACAUGAUGGCAAAAAUGGAAAAGUAUUUGAACUCAACCAAAUGCAGGCGAAAGAUGCUUGAAGACAAUGACCCUCAGCGGGUUCCAGAUCGUUUUCGGAAACACUCUCUCUAUGGCAUCGGCAGGGAAAUCUCAGAAACUUGGUGGAAAGCUCUCGGCCGAGAACUUGUUGCCAAAAAAUAUCUGAUGGAAAUCACGGGCCACCACAAAUUCUCCACCCUCUGUAAACUCACACCCAAGGGCAGAUCAUGGCUGAGUAAAGCUGAAGAUGAGAGGCACAGACAACUCCUGCUGCAGCCCAACAGAGAUCUGUUCAGCAGAGAGUGUGUACCGCGGAGAAAAGCAGAUCCAGCACAUGUUAAGUCUACUGCUUCUAACCUGAGGUCAGAUUGCACUUGGCACUCUCUUGUUUCAUUUCAGAGGGUGAAGGUCAGUUCUGGUCAACGCCAGAUUGUGAAGAAAGCACAUUUAUCAUCUAGAUCAGCUGUUAGGCCAACCCAGAUUCACACUAAUGUCAGAGCCCAGACUCCAGCGCUCUCGGCUAGAGAGAUCCAGCUGCAGUCUGAGCUGUAUGGUAAGCUGGUUUCUGAGCGUCAGAAGUUAGCUGGUCUCAGAGACAUCCCACCAGCCCUACUGGCCACCAAUAAAAUACUCCUGGAUAUGGCAAAAUCAAGGCCGUGCUCAAUAUCCAGCUUGAAACAAGUGGAUGGUGUUUCAGAAGCCAAAGCAGCCAUGUUAACACCUCUGAUUGAUGUCAUCCUCACAUUCUGUCAGACACAUGGAUUACAGGUGGAUGAUUCCUCCAGCUCUACUCCACCUGUCCAAACAGAGUCUAGCCGUGAGUACAGUUCUGUGGGUCAGUCUCUACCGGACAGUGUCUCUGUCACACACAGACUGUUUCAGAUGGAGCACAAGAGCAUGAGACAGGUAGCGGAUGCUCGCAGUCUGCCCAUGGCAGUGGUGGAGUCUCAUCUGUUGCAGGCUCAGAAGAUGGGCUGUGCUGUGGACACAGACAGAGCUGGACUCUCAGCCUCCAUCUAUAACACCAUCAGAAAAAGCAUCGCCUCUCCUCCAGUCAGCUCAGAUCUGAGUGAUUUUAAAGCGAUCCGGUCUUGUGUCCCUGAAGAUAUCAGUAACUUUGUGCUCAUGAUGAUGCUUUAUGAACUCCAGAGAGAAGCUUCAUCCACAGCAUAUCAUGAGAUCUCCUGGAUCGAGCCGCUGGAUAAAUCAGUGACUGCAGACAGAUCUGCUGUUAAACGUGUGAUUGGAGAGUCACAGCAUGAGGCAGACAUCAUGGACACGAGUGAAGAUGAGCUCUUCAUCAGUAUUCCCAUGCCACAGGAUUCCUGUCUGAAGUCAUGUGACCCCAUUCCUCAGAGCAGUGGAAUGGAUCUGGCCUCCUGGAACCAGGAGAAACUGGAUAAAGACACACAAGAUCUCUUCAGCGAAUCGCCCGUGAAGAUUGAAAGUCAGCCUACAAAGAGAAAACUGCCUGAUUGGGCUGAAGGACCAAGCACUUCAGUACCUACUACGACUGAGAAGAAAACCAAAAAGAAGAAAGGACUUUUCAUUUGAUACUUAUUAGGCUGUGUAGUGUACGUUUUGAUAUUUUGUACAAGAUUUAAAAUAAUUAAUUUUUGUUGAUGGUCCUGAAUACUGACAUGACCUAAUUCUACGAGAAUGUCUUGUUAUUUUUCUGUAAGGCUCCUGUUGUCAGCAGCUUGUGGUCUGCCGCCAGCUUGCACUCCUCUAGGUAUUUUUCUGAUUUCUUACCGGCUCAGACACUAGUUAGGGAAUCUUUCUCGAUUCGCACAGAUCAUGUUUCUGCUUCCGUGAGUGGCCUGGAGCUGUACACUACUGACCUCCACCUGUCGUAAUGGAAACACUCCUCCCAGAAUCCCGUGCAACUCCCAGACCUCAAAAGUAGGAUCAUUUCUGAAGCGUGGUGGGACUUUCUGUAAAAAUGUGAAAUAAUUGACCCGAGAUUAUCUGAUUUUGAUAGUUCAGAAUGUUUAUUGCCAAGGAGGAAAUUCUUUAAUUUGUAAAAAAAAAAAAAAAAAAAAAAAAGCAUCUGUAGUUAAUACAGUAUUGAUGGAGUGUCAGUUGAAUGUUUGUGUUCACAGUGACGCAGUGAUUUUUGUUUGCUAUAUGUUUAUAUUACUUAUGCUUGCUGUAACUGAAGCAGCACAUUCAAAGGGCAGUAUUUGUGUGCUGGCCCUGUAAAAGUUCAUUUAGAAGGCAGGAGUAAGCACAGGCUUUUAUUGGCCAUUCCACUUCUCUUUUCUGCCACAGUGCUAAAUACCCACAUAACAACAGAGUCUUAAAGCAUGCCAAAUUUCUGUCCCUUACACCAUUCUCUGUCAUCGUCACCUUCCCCAAAACCUGUCAGUUUGGCUUUGGCAGGAAUUUGUGUCUUCUCCUGAGCACUUACUUUCUGAGUCUACCUCUGUCCAGCUUUAGUUGUGCCACAAUGAAGCACAACUGACUAAUUUUGAGUCUGUAGCCCUUUCUAUCCAGUGUAAAUCAUUGUUUUGUAUACAAAUGUAACAAUAAUAAUCAAAUAAUUAAAGGUUUGUAACUACCCGCA